AUGAUUGAAGAAAAGACUAGUGAUAGCGAAGGAAAUACUGAAAAGGCUAAAGGAGAAGUCAAGAGUCCGAGUAUCUUCAACUUGGAGCAAUCGCUCAUGUCUAAUCUGAAAACAUUGUAUGAAAAACAAAUUGCAUGCGAUAUUACUAUUACAGUCGGAAAAGGUUCAACACGCCAAGACUUCAACGCCCACAAAUGCCUGCUCUGCAUUCGGUCGCCAUACUUUCACAAAGUCUUCCUGGGAGACGAAGUUCCCGUCGAAGGAGGUUUGAGUUUAUAUCGUGCGGAUGAACCUGCUGCGGCGCUGGUACUUGAAAAUGUGUCGCCUUCUGCGUUUACGAUUAUUAUCACAUACAUGUAUACAGGGAAAUUAGAACUGGCCAAGAUGGCGGAUUCCAUGAAUGACUAUCUACAGCUAUUAUCUGCGUUUGAUACUUUUAAAUUGCAAGAACCAAGCCAAGUGUUACAACGACUGGUCUGCGCAAAGUAUGCCAGUGCACUAGAGACCCAUUUUGUAGCAACUAUGCUAUUCUGCAAACAGCAUCCACAGCUGCACAUAUUGAACAGUUUCAUUGACACAUUGAUCAUGGAAAAACCAGAAUCUGUUUUUGAUUCUUCGGAUUUUACUACAUUGAAUGCCGACGAUUUAAUUAGCAUUUUGAAACGACCUGAUCUUAAUAUUCCAGAGAUUGUAAUCUGGGAUAAAAUUAUAAAAUGGGCUAUUGCGCAAGAUCCGGUACUACCAGAAAAUAUUAACAAUUACCAAUCAUCAGAACGUCUUGUACUCCGGGAUAGGCUUGGAAAUAUAUUACCGCUUAUCAAAUUUCACGGCAUAUCCGCACCUUGGUUCUAUAGAAAAAUCCAUCCAUACAAAUGUGUUUUUUCAGAAGAAUACUAUGAGAAUCUUUUGGAACACUACUUUGAUCCAAGGGACAAUGUGCAGCCAUUGGAAACCAUAUUUACUCACGAAAGGCAAGUGAACAGACCAUGA